AUGGACGGCGCGCGUGCAGUUUCACCCAGUUCACCCGGCGUCGUAUCUCACCCCACCCAAACACCAGUCACCCGGCGUCAUAUCUCACCCCACCAAACACCAGUCACCCGGCGUCAUAUCUCACCCCACCAAACACCAGUCACCCGACGUCGUAUCUCACCCCACCAAACACCAGUUCACCCGACGUCGUAUCUCACUCCACCAAACACCAGUCACCCGGCGUCAUAUCUCACCCCACCAAACACCAGUCACCCGACGUCGUAUCUCACCCCACCAAACACCAGUCACCCGGCGUCGUAUCUCACCCCACCAAACACCAGUCACCCGACGUCGUAUCUCACUCCACCAAACACCAGUCACCCGGCGUCAUAUCUCACCCCACCAAGCACCAGUUACCCGGCAUCAUAUCUCACUCCACCAAACACCAGUCACCCGACGUCAUAUCUCACUCCACCAAGCACCAGUUACCCGGCACCAUAUCUCACCCCACCAAACACCAGUCACCCGACGUCGUAUCUCACCCCACCAAACACCAGUCACCCGACGUCGUAUCUCACUCCACCAAACACCAGUCACCUGGCACCAUAUCUCACUCCACCAAACACCAGUCACCCGGCACCGUAUCUCACCCCACCAAGCACCAGCUACCCGGCAUCAUAUCUCACCCCACCAAGCACCAGCUACCCGACACCAUAUCUCACUCCACCAAACACCAGUUACCCGGCAUCAUAUCUCACUCCACCAAACACCAGUUACCCGGCACCAUAUCUCACCCCACCAAACACCAGUUACCCGGCAUCAUAUCUCACUCCACCAAACACCAGUUACCCGGCAUCAUACCUCACUCCACCAAGCACCAGUCACCCGGCAUCAUAUCUCACUCCACCAAACACCUGUCACCCGGCACCAUAUCUCACCCCACCAAGCACCAGUCACCCAGCAUCACAUUUCACUCCACCAAACACCCCAAUCUUGUCAACUGGUCGAGGAAGUAGUCGCCGCCGUCUGCGUCACGGAGCGUCACAGCGCGACAUACUGCCGGCUCUCACGAUAGCGCCGUGUCCAGUGCACGCACAGGUCGAGGAGCAAGGAGCGCAGCUUGUCGCGCCAGAGGCGUCUGCAGUGGUGCAACGGAACGCACGCCAUCGUGCGCAGAAAUGCAACACCGGCGAAAUACGUCUCGAGUGCAAAUCGUUUAAAGGAAAUGUUUCACAUUUGAGGAUAUUGAUGCAAGCAUCAGACAUGAUGAAACAGGCUCACUUAUUGGCAUACGCCUUCCGACUGCUGCGGCGGCACGCCACAGUCAUCCGGUUCACUCUGAACGUGCUUUAG